AUGGGCUCCGGAGCUUCUCGAGAAGUCGCGCCAACUGGCAUAAAGGAUGUUUGCUUGAACAAUGCCAUCACUCAGAAGUACAUGGGACUCAAUCAGCAUGGAAAGGUGCAGGCUGAGUAUGUUUGGAUCGACAGCGAUUAUUGGGAUGGCCAAAGCUUUGACCUUUGUUGCAAAACCCUAACCCUUCCAGAUGUUCCGCUUCAUCUCGAUGAUAUACCUAUUUGGACAUACUCGGGCGACGACGCCAAAGACAUUGUCAUUGUCCCUCGACGUACGUAUAGGGAUCCCUUCCGGCCUGGUGAUAAUGUGAUAGUUCUUGCGGAUACAUAUGAGGAGCCCUCAGAAGAUCAGACAGACCAUGGCAAGCCGACAAAGUUCAACACACGUGCAGCUUGCGAACGCGCUAUGCAAGAAGCUGAAGAUAUUGGGGAGGAUCCUUGGUUCGGCUUCGAGCAGGAGUACUACCUCCUCGACCCCAAGACAAAAUGGCCAUUAGGAUGGCCAGCUGGGAAAUACCCAGACAAAGAAACCGCUUUCUACUGCUCAGUUGGAUCAACCAAAGUUAUUGCCCGGGAGGUUAUAGAAGCGCACUACAGGGCGUGUUUGUACGCUGGUGUCAUGAUCGGCGGCAUAAACUCGGAGGUGGCACCAGCUCAAUGGGAGUUCCAAGUUGGACCUGCAUCUGGCACGCAGGGUGCUGACGAUCUAUGGAUGUCCCGUUACAUUUUGCAGCGCUUGUGUGAGGAAUAUGGCAUUGGGGUCACCUUUGACCCAAAGCCAGUGCCAAAGCAAGCAGGAAUUGGCUGUCAUACCAACUAUUCCAACAUGGCGACACGAAGCUCUCCAGGGGGUAUGGACGCUAUCAAGAGACAGUGUGAACGUUUGCGCCAAGAGCAUGCUAAGCAUAUCGCCAACUAUGGGAUUGGCAAUGAGCGCCGGCUGACCGGGAAGGAUGACACAGCUGCAAUGACUGACUUUUCCUGGGGUAUCGGUGAUCGUGCUGCCAGCAUACGGAUUGGCUGCAAAGUAGCCAUGCGCGAUUGUGGGUACUACGAGGAUCGACGACCAGCGGCCAAUAUGGAUCCAUACCUGGUCUCCAAACUACUGGUCGAAACUACGCUGUUGAGAAAGGAGAGCUUGAACUAA